AUUAACUGCGCACUCAGUGGGUCGGCUCGGACAGGGAACACGGAUUGGAUUAUUCCCCACACAGGACGAGCGGGCAAGUGUUGAUGCCCCUGAUAGCUCCAGCUACACAGUCGGCACCACUCUGGAGGAGAGAGAGGACUUUAUCCCGGCGCAUGGUGAUUUCCUUGGACUGAAACCACGAUGGAGCGAAAUGGCACAGCUGGGAGCCAUGGUUUGGAGGGAGAUGCAGAUCUCCAGUUCCUGCUGAUCGGUGGGGAGCUGGUCAAGAUUCGCUCGUCCUCCUGGAAGAAGAACCGCUUCUUCAAACUGCAGGAAGACUGUAAAACGUUUUGGCAUGAAUCCCACAAAACAUUCAAGCGAAACCAGACCUUCUCCAUUGAUGACAUUGAUUCGGUGCGCAAGGGCCGUCAGUCUGAGGGGCUCAACAAACACACCGAGCCCAGUGUUGAAGAGCGAUGUUUCUCCAUCAUCUUCAAGGGACGCAAGAAAAAUCUGGACCUGAUGGCAGCCAGCGGGGUGGAGGCGAAACAGUGGGUCAACGGCAUAGAGAAGAUCAUCACUAAUAUGCGCAACCUCAGCCGCCAGCAGAAGAGCGAGCACUGGAUCAUCAACUGCAUGCGGAAAGCAGACAAGAAUGAGGACAACAAGAUGACCCUGAAGGAGCUGAAGCACUUCCUGCGACAGAUCAACGUCGAAGUGGACGACACUUACGCAGAGGAUAUUUUCAAGAAAUGUGACAAGUCCAAUUCAGGCUCGUUGGAGGGCUCAGAGAUCAAGCACUUCUACAACCUGCUGACACACCGAGAGGAGAUCGAUGUGAUUUAUGGGAAGUAUGCUGAGACAGAGGGUCAGAUGAGCGCCAGAGACCUGCUCAACUUCCUGUUGAAUGAGCAGAGGGAGGAGGUGUCCAUGGAGGACGCUCUCAAGCUGAUUGAAAAAUAUGAGGUGGACGGGACAGCGAAGGAGAAGAAUCGUAUGACCAAAGAUGGCUUCCUGAUGUACCUGCACCAGGAGGAAGGCUCCAUCCUCAACCCGGCUCAUAAACACGUGUAUCAGGACAUGAACCAACCUCUGAACAAUUACUACAUCUCCUCCUCCCACAACACAUACCUGAUGGAGGACCAACUCAAAGGACCCAGCAGCACAGAAGCCUACAUAAAAGCACUGAUGAAGAGCUGUCGCUGUGUGGAACUGGACUGCUGGGAUGGCGCUAACGGCGAGCCUGUCAUUUACCACGGCUACACGCUCACAUCCAAAGUGCUCUUCAGAGACGUCAUCAAAGCCAUCAAGGACUACGCCUUCAAAACGUCUGAGUACCCAGUGAUCCUGUCCCUGGAGAACCACUGCAGCGUGGACCAACAGAAGCUCAUGGCCCAUCACAUGAUCUCCAUCCUGGGUGACGCUUUGCUCACAAAGCCUCUGGGCAACACCAUGCCCACCAACUUUCCCUCACCUGAGGAGCUGAAGGGCAAGUUCCUCAUCAAGGGAAAGCGACUGAACAAACUGAGCGCUGCCUUCAGCAACGAGAACACCAUGGAGGAAGAAACUGUGUCUGAGGAGGACGAGGCUGCAGACUGUAAGGAGAAUGGCCAAAAAGCCAAACCAAAGAAAUCAAAGAUCAAACUUGCCAAGCAGCUCUCAGACAUCGUCAUCUACUGCAAGAGUGUCCAUUUUAACGGCUUUGAGCACGCCAAGGACAACCAGGCCUUCUACGAGAUGUCGUCCUUCAAGGAGAGUAAAGCUUUCAGCCUGGCUGAGACUUCAGCCACUGCCUACAUCCAUCACAACAUGGACAAACUCAGUCGGAUCUACCCAGCCGGCUCCAGAACGGACUCCUCCAACUACAACCCAGUGCCCAUGUGGAACGUUGGCUGCCAGAUAGUGGCACUGAACUUCCAGACUCCCUCCAAGGAGAUGCACCUAAACCAGGGUCAGUUUCUGCCGAAUGGCGUCUGCGGCUACAUCCUGAAACCGGAAUUUCUGAGAAGCCUGUCCUCUCAGUUCGAUCCCAGCACGCUAACCAAAGGGCCCUGGCUGAAGAGGAAGACCUUCCAUGUCAUGGUGAUCUCAGCUCAGCAGUUACCCAAAAUCAACAAGGACAAACACAAAUCCAUCGUUGACCCUCUGGUGAGAGUGGAGGUCUACGGUGUCCCGGCCGACAACGCCAGCAAGGAGACACACUACAUUGAAAACAAUGGGUUCAACCCCAUGUGGAAUGAGAGAUUCCAGUUUGACAUCCACGUCCCGGAACUGGCGAUGGUGCGAUUUGUGGUGGAGGACUAUGACUCAACGUCCCAGAAUGAUCUCGUCGGGCAGUACUGUCUACCGCUCACCAGCGUACAGAGCGGAUAUCGCCACAUUCCGCUGCUCACCAAGAGAGGAGACGUCAUCUGCUCAGCCGGACUGUUCGUGCACCUCAUGCUCGUCGACGCCGAGUAGGCUCCCGUCAGGAAAACCCUCACGCCCGCGGCAGCGUUCUCUGAAAACGCCAAGGGACUUUGUCCAGUUUCGAAGCUAAAUAAUACAACUCCGAUCGACUCUUUCCAAAGAUUCUUCACGGAAAAAGCAAACAAUGUGUCGUCUGCCCUGCUGCAGCUGCUGACUCACCGUUGUCUGUGUCACACUUUCCUCUCAUUGUUUAAUUUUAGCUUUUUUGUGUAGAGCUCCCGUGUGGUAACAUGGGAAAAGUGAGGGAAAAUGUGACUGAAUGAGCAGGUUUGGGAGUAAUUUGAAGGGAAGCCAUUAAACUAUAUGUGCCAUUUUGGAGAGUAAUUGGAAGAGUGAGGCGUGAUUUCUGAGUAGUGUUGUCAUUUUUAUUGAUUUCUUGAGGCUUUGUAUUUCCAUUCAGGGCCAUACAAAUCAUGCUCAAACAAUGUAUUUAUCAAGCAACACAACAAGUACUCAACUGUUUCAGUGUUUUAUGAGUUUUCUAACUAGAACAAGCCGUGAUUUACAUUUUCUCAAUAUUAAUGCCAUAAUUGGUCACUGGAGUCUGUGGCGACAGUAUGAUAUGAAAGGCAAAUGAUGUUUGUCUGUGUGCAUGUGUUCAGGUGUUUGGUGAAGAUGACUGCUCCACUAUGUUUGUCGAUGUAAUUUCCAUUUUUUUAAAACAGACUUAAGAUGCUUUGUAACUUCCUUUUGACCAUUGAUGUGACGAGCAUAUCAAGAAAUUAACUGUACCACGCGAGAAUCUGCUCUAAACACGUUGAACCGUAAUUCACUUUAUCAAGUAUUUCAUUAUGUGAUGUACUGCAGCAGUUUUCCUGUGACAGACUCGUGCCUGUCGGUGCCUUCGGCAUGCGUUGUCACUUAUCUACAUUUGCACUAGCUCUCAAAUAAAACCAGCAGUCACCGA